UUGUACAUGGAAACAAAGUCUGCUGCUCCUCACAAGGCUAACAACAACACAGCAGCACAGUGUCCAACAUUCAACAAGAAAACAGGAAAACUCCCACACAGACAUGGCGUCCCUUAGCAGUCUCUUGUCUGAAGAGCAGAUACAGUGCUCUAUCUGUCUGGAUGUGUUCACUGAGCCAGUCACUACUCCUUGUGGUCACAACUUCUGCAAGGCCUGUAUCAGUGGAUACUGGAAUAAGCCUGGCCUGUGCCAGUGUCCAAUGUGUAAGGACAUGUUUUACAGAAGACCUGAGCUCAAAAUCAACACAACACUCAGAGAUGUUGCAGAUCAUUUUAAGAGGAUGAGAGACAGAGAAGAGUCCCCUGCUGAGCCUGGAGACGUGGCCUGUGAUGUCUGCACUGGGAGAAAGCACAAGGCCCUGAAGUCUUGUCUGGAAUGUCUGACCGCUUUCUGUGAAACUCACCUGCAGCCUCACAACAGAGUUGCAGGCCUGAAGAGACACAAGCUGAUCACCCCUGUGGAGAACCUGCAAGACAGGAUGUGUAAGAAGCACGACAGACUCCUGGAACUGUUCUGUAGGACUGACCAGACGUGUGUGUGUACGUUCUGCACUGAGACAGACCACAAGACUCACCUCACCGUCCCUCUAGAGGAAGAGUGUGGACAGAGGAAGGCUCAACUGGGGAAGACUGAGGCAGAGGUUCAGCAGAUGAUCCAUGAGCGACUGCAGAAGGUUCAGGAGAUCAAACACUCAGUAAAAUUCAGAAAAAGAGCAGCAGAGCGAGAGAUAGCAGACAGCAUGGAGGUUUUCACUGCUCUGGUGCGCUGCAUCGAGAGAAGCCAGGCUGAGUUCAUUGAGGUGGUUGAGGAGAAGUUGAAAGCAGCAGAGUGGCAGGCUGAAGGGCUCAUUGAAGAGCUGGAGCAGGAAAUCACUGAGCUACAGAGGAGAUGCUCUGAGUUGGAGCAGCUCUUACACACCAAGGACCACCUCCACCUCCUACAGAGCUCCCCACCCCUCUGUAAGCUUCCUCCCACCAGGAAGUGGUCUCAGAAAAGUGUCCACAGUCAGCUGUGUCUGGGAAAUGUAAGGAGAGUUGUGUAUCAACUGGAAGAUGCUCUUCACAAUGAGAUGGAGAAGCUGCCUGACAUCAAGCUGAAGAGGAUGCAGCAGUAUGCAGUGGAUGUAACUCUGGACCCUGAUACAGCAUUUCCAUUCCUCAUCCUUGGUAAGACAAAUAGGAAACAAGUGAGAUGUGGAGACAAGAAUCAAAAGAAUCUCACGAAUGAUCCAAAGAGAUUUAAAAAUAGUUUCUCUGUCCUGGGUAAGGAGGGUUUCUCCUCUGGGAGAUUCUACUAUGAGGUGCAGGUGACGGGGAAGACAUGGUGGUGGCUAGGAGUGGCCAGUGAAUCCAUAGACAGGAAGGAGAGUUUAAACCUGAGCUCUGAUGGACUCUGGACUGUGUGGCUGAAUGGCGAGAAUGGGUAUGGAGCCAACAAUUACUAUCCUGUCCGCCUCUCCCUGAGAGAGAAGCCCCAGAAGGUGGGGGUGUUUGUGGAUUAUGAGAAAGGUCAGGUCUCCUUCUAUGAUGUGACGGCCAAGUCUCAUAUCUACUCCUUCUUUGGAUGCAACUUCACCGAGAAACUCUAUCCAUAUUUCAACCCCUAUCUUAGCUGUAGUGGUGAAAACUCAGCCCCACUGGUCAUCUCCUCUGUCAAUCACACACAGUGAAACAAGUUGUCACUAAAAUGUCAAAUAAUCAGCUCAGCAGUUGAUUAGUUUGGGGAACUACAGAUCAAUAUUGUUGGGUGUGCAUCUCAAACUGUAUAAAGUAUAAUCAAUUACCUCCCAAGGACAAAGGUUUUGAAAAUGUUCCCUCUGCAUUGCAAGUAUUGAGAGCAAGGCUGAUGGUUCUAAGUGAUGUCAGAAUGAUGGUCAGAUCUAAAUUAAAGAGAGAUACAAGUCUACUUUGACACGCUCUUCUGUAUAUCAAACCAAAUUUCAUUUCAUUUGUCACAUGCACCGAAUACAGCAAGUGUAGACUUGACCAUAAAAUGCUUACCUACCAGCCCUUCCCUACGAUGCAGAGUUUAAAAAGUGAAAAAAUAAUUAAAAAGAACAUAAGAAAAAAGUAAACAAAAUAGUAACACAAUACUAAUAACAAGGCUAUAUACAAGAAGUACCGGCACCGAUUCAAUAUGCAGGGGUAUGUGGUAGUUCAGGUAAUUGAGGUAAUAUGUACAUGUAGGUAGGGGUAAAAGUGACUAUACAAUCAUGAUAGAUAAUAAACAGAGCAGCAGCAGCGUACAGUGCAUUCGGAAAGUAUUUAGACCCCUUCCCCCUUUUCCACAUUUUGUUACGUUACAGCCUUAUUCUAAAAUGGAAUAAAUUCAAUCUACACACAAUACCCCAUAAUGACAAAGCGAAAACAGGUUUUAAUACAUUUUAGCAAAUGUAUAAAAAAUUAAAACAGAAAUACCGUAUUUACACAAGUAUUCAGACCCUUUGCUACGAGACUCGAAAUUGAGCUCAGGUGCAUCCUGUUUCCAUUGAUUAUCCUUGAGAUGUUUCUACAACCUGGUAAAUUCAAUUGAUUGGACAUGCCUUGGAAAGGCACACACCUGUCUAUAUAAGAUCCCACAGUUAACAGUGUAUGUUAGAGCAAAAACUUGAACCUGAUCAAACAUCUCUGAGACUCCUGAAAAUAAAUGUGCAGUGACGCUCCCAUCCAACCUGACAGAGCUUGAGAUGAUCUGCAGAGAAGAAUGUGAGAAACUCCCAAAAUACAGAUGAUAAGCUUGUAGCAACAUACCCAAGAAGACUCGAGUCUGUAAUCGCUACCGAAGGUACUUCAACAAAGUACUGUAAUCGUCUGUAAGUCUGUACUGUAAGUCUGUAAUCGCUUCCGAAGGUGCUUCAACAGAGUACAGGGUCUGAAUACCUAUGUAAAUGUGAUAUUUCAGUAAAAAAAAUCUAUAAUACUAAAAAUAAAAAUACAUUUAUGGGUUAUUGUGUGUAGAUUGGCGAGGGAAGAAAACUAUUUAAUCCAUUUCAGAAUAAGGCUGUAACAUAACAAAAUGUGGAAAAGGUCAAGGGGUCUGAAUACUUUCCAGAUGCAUUGUAUGUGAAGAGUGUGAAAGAGUGCCUGUGUGUGUGUGUGUGUGUGUGUGUGUGUGUGUGUGUGUGUGUGUGUGUUGGAGUGUAGUAUGUGUGUGUGUUGGAGUGUAGUAUGUGUGAGUGCGUGAGUAGGUGUGAGUCAGUGUGUGAGUCAGUGUGUGAGUCAGUGUGUGAGUAGGUUUGAGUCAGUGUGUGAGUCAGUGUGUGAGUCAGUGUGUGAGUCAGUGUGUGAGUAGGUUUGAGUCAGUGUGUGAGUCAGUGUGUGAGUCAGUGUGUGAGUAGGUUUGAGUCAGUGUGUGAGUCAGUGUGUGAGUCAGUGUGUGAGUCAGUGUGCAUAGAGAAAAUGCAAGAACGCCAGUGAAAAAACUAAAAAGGGGGAUCGAUGCAAACAGCCAUUUGAUUAACAGUCUUAUGACUUGGGGGUAGAAGCUGUUCAGGAGCCUUUUGGUCCCAGACUUGGCUCUCCGGUACCACCUGCUGUGCGGCAGCAGAGAGAACAGGGUAUAACUUGGGUGGCUGGAGUCUGACAAUUUUGAGGUUCUUCCUCUGACACCACCUGGUAUAUAACUCCUAGAAGGAAAGGAGCUCAGUCCCAGUGAUAUAGUGGUCCGUCUGCACUACCCUCUGUAGCACCUUGCAGUUGGAUGGGGCCUGUCAUGCCAAAUAGUGUCCUCGGAUUUGAAUGUAGUGGAAAUGCGCUGACUUGGUGAUCUGUAAGGUAAAUAACUUUAAUGUGUCAAGCAGAAUACAUGUUUUCUUUUCCAUUUCCGAAACGUAGCAUCGUUUAAGACGUGUAUUUCAUGUUGUCAUGUUAACAAGGUACUAAAAAGUAGUUACAAUUCAUGUUGUCAUUUUAUUAGCUAAACAAAACGUGUUUUAACAGCCAAACUGUCAUGGAAAUCAGCCUUGUUUGCAUAGCGAUGAUGAAAAGAAUGUCAUUAGGCUGUAUAAUGACAUCCAAAAUUAGAAUCAUUAGGUCGUCAAAACCAUUGAUAUAGUAAAGGAAUCACAUUGUGAUGUAGAGGGGGACACUAUUUGGCCGGGGGACAUUAUUUGACAUGACAGGCCCAUAUUGCAUAUGAGGUCUAAGUUUCGGUUCAACUUUUGUUGUUGUUGAAACCCGUUUGGAAAUAAAUCCAUAUUGUGA